UUGCCAUCGCUGCAUUAUCAGUUCGUCUUCCCCAGUGGCAACAUCGAAGAACCUGCCACUUACCCACCUCAAAUUUAAAAUAGAAUAUUCCCAGAAACUGAACAAUCUUAUCGGCAAUGCCACUGAAAUUUCAUCUCUUCUGGCUGCCGUUGCUCCUGUUCGCUUGUCAUCUGCUGGCUGAGACUCCUCAGUGCUUUCACUUCACCUGGGUUGGUGCCUACGAUAAUCACUCGAAUAUCCACACUGAGACCUGUGACUCCAGAGUGGGUGACUUUAAUGAUAUACCUUGUGAAGAGCCCUUGGUGGUGACACCCGACGAUACCGUGCCAGAUGUAAAGGCUCUUUGGCAGAAUACCACCGAGAACCGCGAGAACUUUCUGUGCCAAAUGUCGCCCGGCCGUUCAUGCGUGAAAUACUCCUACAUAUUCAAAGGCGGAAUACAAAACAUCACGUACAUGUGCGCCAAUGUGAACAGCAGCAACGGAUGCUAUCGACAGACCCAUCCGACUGGCAUGGUUGUGGAGGCAUGUGUCUGCACCUCACGAGUUGGCCUGAUACCCUGUAAUGGCUGUACGAAAUUUGCACAACGAAAUAGUUUAAUGGGCUUGGCACUUUGUUUGCUUGGUUUGCUUUAUCAAUGGCUAAAUAAAUAUCGAAUAGUUUGAACUGCAAA